CAAAUGCCAUGGAGGCCGAGCUCCUGCGGGGGCUAAAUGAAGCUCAAAGGUCUGCUGUCACCUCGCCGGCACGGGUUCUGCAGGUACUUGCGCCGCCGGGUUCGGGGAAGACCAAGACACUUACCUGUCGCGUUGCCUACCUGAUUGCCCACCAUGGCUUCGAUCCUCAGCGUGUCAUUUGCUGCACAUUCACCAUCAAAGCGAGCCGUGAAAUGCGGGAACGCCUCAGGGGCUUACUCGGCUGCGAAGUCGAGGCCAAGUUGGUGUUGGGGACCUUUCACUCCAUCUGUCGACGUUACCUAGUCGCAUACGGCCAUCUCAUUGGCGUUCUGAAAAGCUUUGGUAUCGCAGACUCCUCUGACAGCAUGAACAUCAUUAAACGGAUCAUCAAAAGGCUGAAUCUAUCCAUUGACCCAAGAGCCGCGCGGUCCAAGAUUUCCAGUCACAAAGCCAAGGGCAAGAAACUGGAAGACCUCCGGAAGACGCCGCAGAAGCACUUGGAGAAGCAGGAAUUCAUCACUGUGUUUCAUGAGUACGAGGAGGCUUUGGCAACGUCUAAGCUUUUGGAUUAUGAUGAUCUGCUCUUGCGUUGCGUCGAGCUUUUUCGUGCAUGGCCGGGCUGUGCCUCAAAUAUCGAAGCGCUACUGAUCGACGAAUUCCAGGACACCAACAUCGUGCAAUUCGAGUUGAUGAAACUCCUGGCCUCAGCCUCGCGGAGGGUUACCAUCGUCGGAGAUCCCGACCAGAGUAUUUAUGGAUUCAGAUCUGCGGAGAUUGAGAACCUACGACGCAUGAAAGCGUUCUACCCCGAAACCGUUGUUAUUAACCUGGAACAAAACUAUCGCUCCGCAUCCUCAGUGCUGCGCCUUGCACAGGAAGUCAUCGAGCAGGACACUGCCCGGCCUCAGAAGAGAUUAAAAGCAACCCAUUGCUUGGGCACCAAACCCGUCCUCCGCCGUCUACCCAAUCCGAAUGAAGAAGCUUUCUGGAUCGCUAGCGAGAUCAAGAGGAUGACAGUCAUGACUGGAGGUCUUCUUGUUCACUCAGACUUUGCCAUUCUGCUUCGAUCAGCCUUUCUGUCAUUGUUGAUCGAGAAGGCUCUGGCCAAUUCUGGAAUUCCCUAUCGCAUGGUAGGCGGUACACGUUUCUUUGACCGAGUGGAGAUUCGAAUAAUCGUGGACUACCUUCGCACCAUUAGUCACCCAGACAACAACCAAGCCCUUCUUGCAAUCAUCAAUGUGCCAUCCCGAAAGAUUGGGGAAGCCACAAUCGCGGAGCUGAUCAAGCUUGGAGAAGAACAAAAGCUCUCACUCUGGACUGUAGUCCAAAGGGUCUUAUGUGGAGAUCUGACGCCCGAGAAGAAACUGUCCAAACCCUGCGAGCAGGAACUUGGACGCCUUAUAGCGAUGAUCAAAAAUGCCAGACAGAAAAUGGAAACGAUGAUGCCUGCCACAGUCCCGAGCAAAUUGAUUGAUUUGAUUGUGAAGUCGUUAGACUUUGAGAACUACCUCAAAAAGAAAUACAAGGACGAUCACGAAGAUCGAAUCGAGAACGUCAAAGAACUCCUUACUCAUGCCUCUGAAGUCCUAUUGCAUUCCACGACCGAGGACCAGCUCGCCCAGGUUGAUGGUAUAGAACAGCAACCCUCGGAUGGUGCUCACGAAGUCCUCUCGCAAUUCCUAGCCAAUAUCGUUCUGUCUACCGAUGUGGAUAACUCGGAAGACGGCAACGACAAACCCAGAGUUACCAUCUCCACCAUCCACUCAGCCAAAGGGCUGGAGUGGCCCGUCGUCUUCAUACCCGCGGUCUACGAAGGCUCAAUCCCUCACUCCAGAUCGGAAGACACAGACGAAGAACGACGUUUGCUCUAUGUUGCAAUGACUCGGGCUCAAGCUCUUCUGACGCUAACAUUUCCGCUGACGCAAUCUCGAGACAACGUGGAAUCAAGUCUGUCUCAAUUUCUGCCCCCGAAGCUGCAUCACCAUGUCGCGCAAGUUGGCCCUUUGUUCGACGACAAGACGAUUGCCGAUAUUGCAAGCAUCCUUGGACGUCCGAUGCCGUCCCAGGAGGAGCUGGUUCGGAGCCUGCAGAGUCUGGCUGAAAGUGAUAGCCAGCUCGACAAUGUAUGGCCCAGUGACGGCACUCGCAGGCCGACAUUAAUGCUACCUUCUAAUGGGCAACAUAUGCCGGAUUUUAGCAGGCCAUUAGGAGAAGUCCUAGCCGCAAGCUACAAGCAACAAGGCUCCCAACACCCAACGCUGUCACGGAGUCAUUCGAUACCGACAGCUACCCACACUCAUCAAGUCGCAACAACCAUGAGCAAUAUCGGGGCAUUUUCCACCUCCAACAUGUCGUUAGGUUUCACAACGGCUAGACGCCAAUUGAAAAGUAGUGCUGCUGAGUCGAAUCAGUCUCCGCCAGAGAGCCUGCCUCCGCAAAAAAAGGUAAAAUUGUCACGAUCAGCGUCAGCGCAGGGAACCAUUGCAUCGUUCUUCUCGAAACCAAAAUCCCAGAACACGUUGCCUGUCGAGCCGGAUCUCCCUCAGCUUGCGAGACCGGAGCCCUUCCAGAGACCACGACCAGUGCCUCCGAUCCCGACCCCAAGUGCACCAAUCCGUCGUGACAUUGGCGAGAGUGGGAUACCAUCAGAAUUGUCCUCGCAUCGACCGGACUUCCGCAAUGUGAUGACUUACAAGCGACCGACAGCUGCCCUAAAGGAGUCCAGCACAAAUCCAAACUCUCGCUAUGCCAAUCUCUAUAGCUCCUCUCCGCCCCCUCCUGAUUGCAACGACGGAGAGAACCGGGCAUUACUACAAAAGGAUAAUAUCCAAGAGGACAACUCUGGCGCACAGCCAUUGAAUGCAUCAAAUCUCAAGUCUGCAUCAGCAUCAGCAUCAGCAUCAGCACCAACAGCACCAACAGCACCAGCACCAGCACCGGCGCCCCUGACAAAUUACAUCCUCUCGCGCCCUGCCAAGACGAUGCACAAGACAAGCGUGUCAUCAAUCGGACAAGGGGGCUUCACCUCCUCCAGUACGUCAAUGACAGGUAUGGGCCGGAAGACGCUGGGAGUUCGACGGUCAAUGAAUGGUUGGGACAACAGAAAGAACAAAUGAUCGCCUUUGGAUUUGCGUCCGGCUCGCAAUACCUGUCCGUCUUCUUGCCCGGAGUGCAAUACCUUGGUCCUCGCUCUAUAUACGGGCUAUUAUGGCAGGACAAAUGCUACGAAGUAACGACGGUUUCGGUUUCGGUUAUGGUCUAGGGUCUAGGGUCUAGAGGGAGAUAAAAUUUCGGCUCCUGUUUAUGAAAUAUUUCAAUACGUGGUCUAGGCACGGUGCUGGCACCAUGAUUUAAAGAACGGGAUGGAUAUGAGGUAGGUGUACUCUUUUAAAAUGUACUGAUCAUGAUCAGGAUUCCCGGGGAAGAGACAAAUUAGACCAAAGACCUACUUGUAGAUGACACAAUAUAUCGAUUUGCGCAUCUAAUGAGAUCAUAUCUAUUAAAUACCAAAGUAUAUAAGUAAUUCAGAUUUCGCAAUUGAAUUAAAU